CUGUUCCUCCCGCGGAUUUGUUGAACCCCCAUAUGUGCACCACCAGAGCAAGAGCAGCGUUUCGCUAAUCACUGAAUUUGCAAAAUGAUGAAACUGUAAGAGCGUGAAAAACCAACUUUCCAUUUCACCGAUUGGCACCCUCAUACAACCAGCAACCAUUUAAGUGCCGUUCGUUUAGGCGCACUUCUGAGUCGAUUUCCAAGCAUCCCCUGCUCCUCGUCUGUGGGAUAGCCGAGCCCGCAUCUUGUGGACUUCAGUGUUUGAUCAAUUUUUUGUGAGCCACCGUCUAUCAAGACUCAUUUCGGGGUCUAGCUCGAAGUGUUAAGUACAUCGUACAACUGCCGACGCAGAGUGGAGUAGCCAGCUUCGUUUCCUUGCCAAUAAAAGCUAGUCGAAUAACUAUGAAGAGCUUUAUCACCUUACUGAUCCUAUGCUCGGUUGUUCAGAUCAAAAGCUCGGCCAUUAAGAGAGAGGCGAAAUAUCCACGGUUUCAGCGUAGCUGCUACAGGAACAUGCCAACUGGGGAGCUAGAUGACUGCCUUAAGUUCAAUUUUCAGCAGAGUCUCCCAACCUACAGAUCUGCUGGAAUUCCAGGCAUUAUAAACGGAAGUAUUGACCCUCAUACAUGGCCAAGAUUUUAUCACUACUUUGGUGGAGCUUUGAUUCAAGGUAGCCUGACUAUUUCGGAUGCCAAAAUGUGGGGAUGGUCAGCCCUAAGGGUGUUGCAAGUUCGAACAAAUGUGAAAAAUCCUGAGAAAAUGCUGGUUGACAUGGACUUCAAAGUUCCAAAGUUAGACAUGUUUGGCCAGUUCAAACUAGAAGCUAGACUGGGUGCUGCCAAGUUUUAUGGCGAAGGACCAUUUUGGUUAAACUUAACUGGGGUUAGCGGAACGUGGAAGGUAUCAGGGAGCAGGGAAAGAGGUGCGCCCUACAUGGAGAUCAAAAGCUUCAAAGGCAGACCCUCAAUCGAGACCUUCAAACUGAAAGCUAAGGGGGCCGCUCUUGGCAACGAACGGCUAAGCAAUCUGGUUAUAGCUACCAUCAAUAGGGGCUGGAGAAUUUUCCACGAAAUUGCUAAUCCCGCCAUCGUACGAGAAUGGGGAAAUUACUGCACAGAAAAUCUCAACAGGGUUUUCAAGUCUGUGCCAUACGAUGAGCUCUUUCCCCUUGAUAGGGAUACCUCCGAAGUUUCGUCUUAUAACAACUGAAAGUCUAGAAUUAAUUCUUUAAUCGCUUCGGAAUAUUAAUUUUUAUAUUUUUUUACUGAACUGAGAAAAACUAUUUUUAAGAAUAUUUGAAUACGAAUAAAAAAA